AUGUCGUUAAAUUGCGGUCAUUCGCUGUGUGAGAGAUGCGUUAAUGGAACCGGGGAGCAAGAGAUAAGCGUCUGUCCGAUCUGUCGCACCGACAUCACGGCGAAAGUGCCGAACUUUGCACUCCUAGGUGCGCUGGACGAAGUAUCCGAGGCUCUUCGCUCGGCUCCAGCUUCUGAGAAGUUUCUUAUAUUUGCGCGAACAAUUGAAGGAAAGCUGAUCGCGCUUGAUGAUCUUAACGAGAAUACGACGAUUCUCACCGUGAAACAAAGGCUUUGCGCCAGAACUGGGCAUUCCACGGCGGAUCAACUUUUAAUGUUCAACGGCAAUCGAUUGAUGGAAGAUCGCUCUCUGCGCCAAUCGAUGAUCAAUAAGCAUGACACGAUCGAGAUGAAAUCUCGUCGUCUUGUGACGGGAACAAAUCGUUCAGCCCCGCCAUUCCGCGAGAUUUUCGCUUCUGCAAGCCAUCGUCAUGUGUUGGAAGAAGAAGAAGAAGCCGAGGGUGGAGAGUUAGCGGCGGUGCUCGAAGAGUUGCGGUCGUUAUUCAAUAUAAUAGAUGACAAUGCGAACAGCGUGCGCCAGUCUCUAAGGAGCAGCCGGAAUUCAAGGCCGGGGCAGAAUGAAGAGUGCGCGAUUUCG